AUGAUAGAAAUGGAACCUGUUGUUACUUCCGACAACACAGUCCUGGCUACUAUGGGCUACAAACCCGAGUUGAGGCGAAACUACACCGCGGUUCAGGUGUUUGGUAUCGCUUUCAGUAUCAUGGGUCUGUUUCCAUCCAUCAGCUCCGUUCUGGGUUACUCUCUACCGUCUGGGCCAGCAGGGAUGGUGUGGGGCUGGUUCGUGGCGUCUUUCUGCAUUUUCAUGGUAGGCCUGUCUAUGGCCGAGCUCGGGUCUUCCCUACCAACAUCUGGCGGCCUCUAUUGGUGGACUUACCACUUUGCCGGUGACAGAUUCAAACGUCCGCUGUGCUUUUUAGUGGGUUACAGCAACACUCUGGGACUCACAGGAGCCAUUGUGAGUAUCGAUUACGGAUUUGCGGAGCUGGUUCUGGCAGUGGCAGGAGUCGCGACCGACGGCAAAUACGUGGCGACAAGAUUCACAGUCUAUGGAGUCUUUGCGGCGUGUGUCAUUUCGCACGCCGUAGCAGGCUCUAUUGCCUCUGGACUCAUGUCUAAACUGCAGACAGUCUGCAUUUUUCUCAACAUUGCCCUGAUUGUGGUGAUGAUCAUAGCUCUUCCGGUUGGAGCGGGAAGUAAACAUCAUCUCCACAACGGCAGCUACAUCUUUGGUCGACUGGAGAACCUCACAACAUGGCCCAAGGGCUGGAACUUUAUGCUGGGAUGGCUUGCUCCUAUCUGGACCAUUGGGGCUUUCGACUCUUGUGUUCACAUGGCCGAAGAGGCAUCCAAUGCCACCACAGCUGUUCCAUUUGGAAUAAUCUCCUCCAUCGGCAUGUGCUGGCUCUUGGGCUUUGUCAUCAACAUUGUCCUGGCCUGUGUUCUUUCGCCUGACAUCGAAAGAGUACUCAACACUCCCUUCCAGCAGCCCAUGGCCCAGGUGAUUUACGACUGUUUGGGCAAAAAAUGGACGCUAGCAAUGAUGGUCAUUAUCUUUACGCUUCAAUGGACAAUGGGCUUAUCAGUUGUGGUAGCUGCCUCGCGUCAGUCCUGGGCCUUUUCGAGAGACGGAGCCCUGCCGUUUUCAAACUUCUUCAAGGUGGUCAACAAAAAGAUGUCUGUUCCGGUGAGAUGUGUCUGGGGAAACUGCACUCUGGGACUGGUCAUUGGCUGUCUGUGUAUGAUUGACAGUGCAGCGGCUUCAGCCCUAUUCUCUCUUGCAGCAGCUUCCAACGAUCUCGCCUGGAUGAUCCCCAUUGCCUGUCGAUUGUUCUGGGGUUACCCGAACUUCAAGCCGGGUCCAUUCUAUCUCGGACUUGCUCUGUCUAAAAUCGUGUCAGCAUUCGCCUGCACCUAUCUCUGCUUCGCCAUCUGCCUGCUCAUGUUUCCUUUGAACGGACCAAAUCCAAACAAAGAAAACAUGAACUACACUGUGGUGAUCAAUGGAGCAGUUUGGGCCGGCUCACUGUGUUAUUACUUCUUCUGGGCACACAGAUGGUUCCAGGGCCCCAAGAGUAAUUUGGUGCUGGAUGCUGUGGAGGGAGAUGUAGGUGAUUGGGAUGAAGAAAAGAAGAAGUAG